AAUUGGUUGCGCCUAAAAACUGAUGACUUAUGUGAGUUGCGUUAAAAUUUUGUUAGACACAUGUUGAACUGGCGCACUCAUCUCUUUGGUGACUGGGGGCCUCAUAUGAAAAAGAAGAAGAAGAAGAAAUAAAGAACAAGAAGAAGAAGACGAAGAAACGUCGUCGUCGUCGACGUCGGGGCAAAUCGGUCAAGCCGGCUCGACGCCAAAAUCAGCUCAGUUGCUUUCCGGUCGGUUUUAUAAAUACUGCAGACAGCAAGAGAGUGCACCGAACACUGUCGACGUGAAAAGUCGUAUUAGUUCUUUUGGAUAAAAACAUUUGAAAAUCAACGUUAAUUAAAACAAGAAAGAAAAAUAUGGAUAAUUCUUCUUUAUUUGAUUUUAAAAUAAAAUUUCCAUUUGGCAAAUUUAUUUUAUACAUUUGACUCGAUCAUUAAUUUUGAUUCAAUGUAUAAAUAUGUUAUUCACGUCCAAAUGUGAUAUUUUUGUGCGUUGAGAAAGCAUGGAUAAUAAAUGUGAAGAAAUGUAUCAACAAGUGAAGAAUACAAAAGAAAUCAUGCAGUCAAUAGAAAAAAUGCGUGCUUCUCGAAAGAAAAAUGGACUUGAAUCUACGAAAUGUGCAAUAAUUUGGGAUACGACAUAAUUCGAAUUUUUAUUUAAUUGUGAAUAUAUACUUUUAUAUAUAUAUAUAAAUUGAAUUAUAUAGAAAAUUGUUUGAAAAAUAUAUUGGCAAGGUGCCAACUUUUAUCGAGGAAACCACAUAACUGACACCUGGUGCGGAUUCGUCACAAUGAAAUUUGACACACAGUUCAAACUAAGUAUCAGGAUGUAGUGCCUCGUGAAUUACAGCACUCGAGUGUAAAAUUACGUUGAUUCAUAAAGCGGAAGUGCAAGUGUAGUGGAAAAGUAAGGAUGAGUCUGACCAAGAAGGCCAUAGGGGGAUCCAUUCACAGGAUACGAGAAUUUGAAUUGGAAAAGGUAAAUUUAGCUGAUGAAUUUGACAUUCUUCAAAUUGUGGGUGAAGGUUGGUUUGGAAAGAUUUUAUUGACUGAUCAUCGUAGUACUCAAACGGAAAUGGUUUUAAAAGCAUUACCAAAGGCUUAUACAAGUAUUUCCGAUUUUUUUCGAGAAUUUCAUUAUGGACUUCAUCUAUCGGCACAUAGAAAUAUUAUCACCACUUAUGAUAUUGCAUUCGAAACGGCUGGUUUUUAUGUCUUCAGUCAAGAAUAUGCACCACUUGGGGAUCUUACGUCAAACGUGACGGAAACUGGUCUUGGGGAAUUACAUGCUAAAAGAGUAGCGAGACAAUUGGCUGCUGCAGUUCAUCAUAUUCACUGUAGAGAAUUGGUCCAUCGGGAUAUUAAACUCGACAAUAUACUUAUUUUUAAGAGUGACUUUUCCAGAAUUAAACUUUGCGAUUUCGGCGAAACACGACGAGGAAAUACAGUUGUUCGUAGACAUAACGAAUGGUUGCCUUAUUCACCACCGGAAGUGUUGCAGUUGGACACUGACGAAACAUACAGAGCACUUACGGCUCAUGAUGUUUGGCAAUUUGGCAUAGUACUUUUCGUUUGUUUGACUGGUUGUCUUCCAUGGCAGAAAGCGGCAACUGACGAUCCUAGAUAUACUAGAUACUUAAACUGGCAUUCAGCUACUCUUAAUAUUGCCAAGAAACCAAAAUUGUUUCAACUAAUUAGUUCGCGAGCGCAAAGACUUUUCAAAAGACUGUUAGACCCUAAGUUGGAAAAACGACCUAUUAGUGUGCUUGAAGUCAAUAAGUACGUGGAAGAUAGAUGGUUAGCGAAAUUAGGAGCAGAAAAAGCUUUAAACGGUGGUGCAGACGAAAGAGAUGAAUUAUGUCCCUCGAUGUACAGUUUUCACAGUUCUCUUGAAGAAAAAAAUCAACUUCUUUACACACUAACGCGAUAUGGAAUUGAGACGACAGUUGAUCGUUCAAAAAAGAAGGACAGAAUUCGUGAAUGGAUUCAAUCAAGUGCAAUAGUCGAGGAAAAUGAAGAUGAAUCUGAACUCGAAGAUUUCGAUGAGAACGAUGAGGAUGAAGAAAUUGAAAAAGAAGAGGAAAAUAUGAAAGGAAGACAUUUUCCCGAAAGACGUUUAAGUGUCGAUAAAAAUAUGAGAAAAAACAAUAAAGUAACAGUAAAAAAUCAACAGAUUAUAAGAAAAAAUGGCAAUGAUAUAAAUCAAAAAAUUCGUAUCAAUCGAAAUGAAUUAUUAAAUAAAAAUAAUUAUUUAAUUUCAUUAUCGAAACCAAUUGAGAGAAAAAUUCCAUUUGCCCCUCAAGUUGCUGAAGAGAGAAAAAUUGUCGCUAAAUUUGCAAGUUUCCCCAAUGGAGAUCCCACAUUGGCCUAUCAAGGGAAUGGGGUCGAUUCAACUAUUGAUACGACGAGACUCGCCGGAAGUCAGUCGCCAAUAAAUAAAUCGAACUCCGAGUUCAGCGAUUUAACUAUCUCCAAUGUCAAAGGUUAUCCAUUUAAUAAUGAGCAAUUGAGGAAAAUUGCCACUGACUCGUCGAGUAGCAGCGAUAAGGAAACAAUUAGUCAUUCUCAAUUUAAUGAAGCAGUGGUCAGUCAUCAUGAGCCAAGCGGAACUUCAAGCGAGGCUUCCGGCUCUAUUCGUGGUCCAAGUUUAGAGUCGUCGACUUCGAGUCCAGCAGUUGAAGAAGCGAUUAUUGAACAUCCUAUAUCUAGAAGUCCUCAGGCGCCAGUCAGAAAGCAUCGUUCGCAAACGGCUCCAUUUCCGGCGCCAGUUUCUCAUCUCGAUGGAAGUCGAAUCGAAUCAUUGCCAGCGAGACGAACACGAUCUGCAACGGUUCUACAAAUCGCUGCUGAUCAAAAAUUAAAUGGAAAAUCACAGUCAAUGCAAAAAAAAUCAUCAAACACUCAUCUUACAAUGACUGCAACUUCACAACUUGUUCUACAGAGUUUUAAUGCUAUGCAACAUUUAAAUCAGACACCCAAGGCAAUAAAGUCCAAUAGCAAUGAAAGAAGUUUGAAUCGUGAAAAGUCGAGUGUAACUUAUGGAAAAGACGCUUAUGAACAUUAUGGAAUUGCGCAAGGUGCUAUUGCAAAAUCAGAUAUCAAAAGAGGAGGUGGAGGAGGUUCAAAUAGUGGAAGUGGAAGUAGAUCAGUUAGUAAUUGAAUAAUUCAAGUGAUUUAUUAUAUAGAAAAUUUCCAAAAUGAGAAAAAUUUUUAUUGAUUUUCCAUAGAUUUUCAUAUUGUUUUGAGAGUGAAAUAAAUAUUGUUGUUUUGAUUUUUUUCAAUUCUUUUGUUUUUGUCUAUAUUUAAUUUUAUUGAUUAGUUUUUAAUAGUUAUAAAAAAUUUAUGCUGAAUUCUUGAUAUAAUUUUGAAAUUAAUUUAUAAUUUUCUACUUGAUGAAUUGUGUAAUCAUAAUAUACAUAUAUAUAAUACUAUAUAUGUAUAUGUAAAUGGACUCUAGACAUUAAUAUAUAAAUAAUACUGGAACAAAAAAUUUUUUUUUGACUGAGAAAAUCAAUUAUAUGAUUUUUUAAAUUAAUUUUCAUACUUGGCUUUAAUUAGUUCUUCACGAUAGAACAAAGUUUAUUGACUCUAUUUAAAGAUAAAAUGGUAAUAGUUUAUAGUUUUAUAUUACUGAGUAGAAAAUGAAAACAAAACUUUUUUUGGGAAUAAGAGAGAGAUAGAGGGAGACAGAGAGAGCACAAAUAAUUUAGUGAAAAAAGUGCAAAUUUAAUAUUUAGGUGGGACAAAAUUUUUGUGCUUCGUGAAAUAUUAAGUAGAAAAAGAAGCUGGAAGACAGACUGUAAAUAUUCAUUCGUUUAAAAGUUUAAAAAAUAUUCGUUGUAGAAAAAAUUGUCUGUAUUUAACCAAGUUUUGAAUUUUAUAUGUAAAGAAAAGUUUGGGUUUUUUUUUAUAAUUUCUCAAUAAAGAAGAUCCCAUUGAAAGUUUGGUUUUUAUAGAUAGUCAAAUCAAAAAAAAAAAUUGUAUAUAUAAAAUAAAUAUUUCCAUAAGAAAUUUUUUAUGGGAAAAAAAAUUAUAAACCAAGAGUAUUAUGUAAAAUUAUUAUAAAAAUUAUUUAUAAUUAAAAUAUGUAAUAUAAUAUUUUGUUGUAUAUGAUAUAUUAGGAUAUUAGUUUAUAUUAGUGGAUAUAUUAUAUUAUAUUGUUAAGAAAAAUAAAAAGAUUUUUAUUUGAAAUAGCUUAAAUAUUUAUUGCAAUAAAUAUUAUAACUUAAUAUCACUUAUUUAUCACUUCUUUAAAGUAUAGAAAUAUAGUUAUUUACAAUAAAUCUAUUGCUUUUUAUAAUUUUAUAGCUGUGAAUGUUUAAGCUGUUUCACAGUUUAUGGAUGAAUCAGAUAGACAGACAAAACAAAAGUUAGUUCAAAUUUCAAAUUUUUUUUUAAAUUUAAAACUGUAAUUGUCUACUUUUAACAAUGUAAAUAGGGACCCAUGAUAAUAAUAAUAAUAAUAAUCUAUUUAAAAAUCAUUAA